GAUAAUUAAAGAAGAAAAAUGAACAAAAAUGGAGAAUAAAAAUUGAAGAGAGGCGUAACAAGAAUGUUCUCCUGAAUUUCCAUUCGUCUUCCAGUUUAGUAGUUUACACAAACACCACCAUUUUUCUUAAAAAAACAGAAAUACAAAAAAAAUCAACCCACUUUGAUACUGAUUUUGUAGUUUCGUUCGGAACACGAGUUUGAACUUCUUGUAAAAAUAUCUCCCCUUUGUUGCUUUAUUGGUCCCUAAAACUUUGUUUUAAGCGCACCCAUUUGGAUUUUUUAUCAUUUCAAUACCAGAAGCAAAAUUUUGGAGGGUUUCGUAUUUGGGUUCAUCUCAGGCGUAUUCUUUUGGACCAUAAAGCAGAGUUAUUGGAUUCGUUUUGGAAGGAAUUGAAUUGCUAACAAUAACAUAAUUCAGUUUAUUGGAUAAGUAUUACAAUGGGAACUUCUGAGGUGGUUCUCCAAGUUUUGUCUGGGGCUGCCCCUCGACUUUUGAGUUCUGACAUUGGUUCAGGCUUUUUGGAUUCAACAUUCUCUUCUAGAUUCCUCCUCAAAUGUACAAAGAAAAGGGCUUCAAGGUAUAAACAAUUGUUCAAGUGCUCAAAUAUAGUACAAAAUCACAUAGGAGUGAGUCGAUAUAUGGGGUUAUGCAGUGAUUCAUUUGGGUACAAUGAAGUUAACAAAGUGCAGCGUCUAAUUUGCAAAUGCCAAAAGGCUGAAAGUCUAAGUGGGACUAUAGCAGCAGAUGGAAAUGGUACAUGGUUUGUUGACAACGCAAAGACAUUAAACCUAAAUGGUGUGACCAAGAAACCAAAUAUUUUGGAGUUUGAGAAUGUUCAGCAAUUUGAGCAGGAAAAUAAGGGUUUGGCUUCAAAUGGUUCUGUUGGUACAGUUAGAGAUACCACGAGCAAGACUAGUGUAGAUUCUAUUGAGGAUGAAGCAUGGGACCUACUUCGGGAUUCAAUGGUUUAUUAUUGUGGAAGUCCUAUUGGUACAAUUGCUGCGAAUGAUCCCACCAGUUCUAAUGUGUUGAAUUAUGAUCAGGUCUUCAUUCGUGAUUUUAUACCAUCUGGUAUUGCUUUUCUGUUGAAGGGAGAGUAUGAUAUUGUUCGGAAUUUCAUCCUUCACACACUUCAGUUGCAGAGCUGGGAGAAAACAAUGGACUGUCAUAGUCCUGGUCAAGGGCUGAUGCCUGCUAGUUUUAAGGUGCGCACUGUUCCGCUGGAUGGUGAUGAUUGUGCAACAGAAGAAGUACUGGAUCCUGACUUUGGGGAGGCAGCAAUUGGUCGUGUUGCACCAGUUGACUCUGGACUAUGGUGGAUUAUAUUAUUACGGGCAUAUGGAAAAUGCUCUGGUGAUCUCUCAGUUCAGGAGAGAAUCGAUGUGCAAACUGGGAUUAAGAUGAUUCUGAGAUUGUGUCUUGCUGAUGGUUUUGACAUGUUCCCUACAUUAUUAGUUACUGAUGGUCCUUGCAUGAUAGAUCGUCGAAUGGGAAUUCAUGGUCACCCUCUUGAAAUCCAGGCACUUUUUUAUUCAGCAUUACUUUCUGCACGUGAGAUGCUGGCUCCAGAAGAUGGAUCAGCUGAUUUAAUCCGAGCACUGAACAAUCGUCUGGUAGCUCUUUCCUUCCACAUCAGAGAGUAUUAUUGGAUUGAUAUGAGGAAAUUGAAUGAGAUUUACCGCUACAAGACUGAAGAGUACUCAUAUGAUGCAGUUAAUAAGUUUAACAUUUACCCGGAUCAGAUUCCUCCAUGGUUGGUGGAGUGGAUGCCCAAUAAAGGUGGCUAUCUAAUUGGAAACUUGCAACCAGCUCACAUGGAUUUCCGAUUCUUUUCUCUAGGAAACCUGUGGUCUGUUGUCAGCAGUCUUGCCACUACAGACCAGUCGCAUGCCAUAUUGGAUCUCAUUGAAACUAAAUGGUCAGAUUUAGUAGCAGACAUGCCAUUGAAGAUAUGUUAUCCUGCCCUUGAAGGUCAGGAGUGGCAAAUUAUCACAGGCAGUGAUCCUAAGAACACGCCUUGGUCCUAUCACAAUGGUGGUUCUUGGCCAACUCUCCUCUGGCAGCUUACUGUUGCAUGCAUAAAGAUGAAUAGACCGGAAAUUGCUGCAAAAGCUGUUCAGGUUGCUGAAAAACGCAUAGCGCGUGACAAAUGGCCUGAAUAUUAUGACACCAAAAGAGCAAGGUUCAUUGGAAAACAAUCACGCCUGUUUCAGACCUGGUCAAUUGCUGGAUACCUUGUGGCAAAGCUUCUGCUUGCGGAUCCAAGUGCUGCUAAAAUUUUAAUAACUGAGGAGGAUUCUGAGCUUGUCAAUGCUUUCUCUUGUAUGAUCAGUGCCAACCCAAGGAGAAAGCGCGGACGAAAGAAUCCAAACAAGACCUAUAUCGUAUGAAUGUGACUCUAACUAAGACGGGGUAGGAAUUCUCCCAAUAUAUGGUUUGUUUUAUCAUCCUCUAACGCUGAUAAUAAUAAAAUGGUUAUUAAUUGUAGUAUAGUUAUUAUUCUUUGAAGUUGUUAAGCUGAAAUGGCUACAUAGUCAUAAUAUUAUUUUGUAAAGAUUAUUUAUUCUGAUGUAGGAACAUCAUAGCUCUUGAAACAUUAAUAUAUAAUAAUAGAGCACAUUAUUUGAGUUCA